UGUUUCUCUUCCCUCUGUCUUGUGUUGUGCUUGUCCUGUUCACACUCUAUGGCGCACGAUAUCUCGCUCCCGUGCGACGGAGACGGCAUCUGCAUGCGCUGCAAGGCAGUGCCAACUACCCAAGAAACCCUCACUUGUAUCACUUGCGUUACUCCUUGGCACAUAGUUUGCCUUUCUUCCCCGCCGGAAACCCUAGCAUCCACUCUCCAGUGGGAGUGUCCUGACUGUUCUGGUGAACCUGCUGCCUCUGCAACGGUUGUUGCCGGAAGUGGAAGUGAAUUGGUGGCUGCUAUAAGGGAGAUUGAAGCGGAUGCGGCUCUUACAGAGAAGGAGAAGGCGAGGAAGCGGCAAGAGUUGUUAAGUGGGAAGAUGGAGGAGGAAGAUGUGAAGAAGAAAGGAAAAGGAAAGGAGAAGGAAAGUGGUCAUGAUGUGUUGGACAUUCUUGACGAGAGUUUUAAGUGUUCAUUUUGUAUACAGUUGCCUGAGAGACCAGUUACUACACCAUGUGGGCACAAUUUCUGUUUGAAAUGCUUCCAGAAAUGGAUUGGACAAGGGAAGCUAACCUGUGCUAAAUGUCGGAGCACAAUUCCCUCUAAAAUGGCCAGUCAGCCACGCAUUAAUUCUAGCCUUGUGUCUGCCAUCCGAAUGGCGAAGAUGUCGAAAACAAUUGUUGCUGGGGGCCUCCCAAAGGUUUACCAUUUUGUACAUAAUCAAAACAGGCCAAACAAGGCAUACACUACAGAACGGGCACAGAGGGCUGGUAAGGCCAAUGCCUGCAGUGGGAAGAUAUUUGUCACUGUGCCACCAGAUCAUUUUGGGCCUAUUCCAGCUGAAAAUGAUCCUGAGAGAAAUCAGGGUGUGUUGGUUGGGGAGUGUUGGGAGGAUAGAUUAGAGUGCAGGCAAUGGGGUGCACACCUUCCCCAUGUUGCUGGUAUUGCUGGACAAACAAACUAUGGUGCACAGUCGGUGGCACUUUCUGGGGGCUAUAUAGAUGAUGAAGAUCAUGGAGAAUGGUUCUUGUACACUGGAAGUGGUGGUAGAGAUCUUAGCGGAAACAAACGGACUAACAAGGAACAAUCCUUUGACCAAACUUUUGAAAAAUCUAAUCAGGCUCUUAGAGUGAGUUGCAAAAAGGGAUAUCCUGUAAGAGUUGUGAGGUCCCACAAGGAGAAGCGUUCCUCAUAUGCCCCUGAGAGUGGGGUGCGAUAUGAUGGGGUCUAUAGAAUAGAAAAAUGUUGGCGUAAGGUUGGAAUUCAAGGUCAUAAGGUCUGUCGCUACUUAUUUGUUAGAUGUGACAAUGAACCUGCUCCUUGGACAAGUGAUGAGCAUGGGGAUCGACCAAGACCUUUGCCUGCUAUAAAAGAGCUCGCCAAGGCAACUGAUGUAACAGAGAGAAAGGAAAGCCCAUCGUGGGACUAUGAUGAAGAAGAUGGUCGCUGGAAGUGGAACAAACCUCCACCUCCUAGCCAAAAACCAGUUGAUACUGGAAACCCUGAGGACAGGAAGAGGUCACAGAAAGCUACAAGGAAAGCACAGAAUACAAAUGUGAGGGAGAAGCUCCUAAAAGAGUUCAGUUGUCAAAUCUGUGGGCAAGUGAUGGCUCAACCAAUUACAACACCCUGCGCACAUAACUUCUGUAAGUCAUGCUUGGAAGGUGCAUUUGCUGGGAAGACUCUUAUAAGAGAGAGAGGUAGAGGUGGACGGACACUACGAGCACAAAAGAAUAUAAUGAAGUGCCCGAAGUGUCCAACAGACAUCUCUGAUUUCCUUCAAGAUCCCAAGGUUAAUCGAGAACUGAUGGCUGUGAUUGAGUCACUGCAACGACAGAUGGAAGAGAAUUUGGAUAAUGUAAAAGAUUUAAGUGAGGAUGAGGCAGAUGGUUCUGAGGAGAAUCCUACUGAACCCGGAGAGAAUGAUUGUGAGAAGACUACUGCUCACAAUACUUUGGAAGGCCCAUCAAUUGAGCCCCAGAUGGCCAUUGAGAAGAAAGUUGAUCAUGGUGAAAAUCCUGUAUACUCUGAAGCUGUAGCCAAUAGUUCUGAAGAAACUGGUGAUGGCAGUUUGGAGGAACCAAAAGUUAGUUGCAAUCCCCAGAGGGUCAACAAGAAGAGGAAAGUUCAUUUUAAGGGUAGCUCUGAAGGUGAUAGUGUGAACCCGCAAGUCCCUGCAUUGAAGCGUUCUAAAAGGAAAGGUGCUGACAGUGGAGUUCAGUCAUUGGAACCUCCUGCUGGGCUGAAGACUAGGAGCUCAGUUCAGGAAGCAACAGCUGAUGGCAAUGAUUCGCCAUCGAGUCCUCUCAUUGUGCAAUCUGAUGAUGAUUUUGAAUGAUAAGGUUUCUGUUUUAAUUUAGAUAUGAUGGAUGCAUAAUUGAAUAUGCAUGAUUUUUUGAAUGGCUGGGUUUUUGGGAGCAAGCUCUGUUUUUGUGGUGCUAAGCAGUAAGCACUGUAUAAUGUGAAAACAUUCACUAUAUUUUUGUACGUGUAAUUGUGGAUGUUUAUGCUAAUGCAAAAUCAUUCUCUGCAA